GCGAUGGCCCCGGAGCGCGGUGACCGCUCGCUCCACGCCGGUACUGAGGGUCUUCCCCGGGUUUUCUUGCAGAGCCUGCGGACCCUUUUCGAUAUUCUGGAUGACCGGCGGCGGGGUUACGUGCACCUGCGGGAGAUUGAAUCGCGCUGGCGGGGAGCGGAAGCCCAGGAGCUGCCCGCCGGGGUGAUGGAGGGGUUGCGGCAGCCCGGCCAGCCCCGAGGCCGCGGUGCUGAUGCAAAGUCUGCUGGGCAGUCCCAGGGAGACAGUGGCCACCCAGGGGCGGGGGACAUUCGGAGGCAUCAGAGAGGCCGUGCAGAGCACCGGAGACACACGAUCACCAACGGCAUGGACUUCAGCAUGCUGAAGUACAUGAAGGAGCUGGAACAGGAGAAGGAUUUCCUGUUGCAAGGUCUGGAGCUUAUAGACCGGGCUCGAGACUGGUACCACCAGCACAUCCAGCUCAUGCAGGAGCACCAGCGGCUCCUGGGGAAGAAGAGAACCAGUGCUGAUUUCCCUGAAGGUGGCCAGAGCCACUUGGGGCGCCUGGUCCCCAAACUGCAGGAGGUGAACCGCUGCCUGGGUGACCUUCUUUCCACUGCUGGCAAGACAGCAAACUCCUCCUCAGCCUUGAGCAGGCUGGUCCCUGUGAUGUCCCCAGCCUCUACAGGCUCCCAGCAAGCCAUCAACAUGCUGAAGGAGCAGAAUCGGCUUCUCACCAAGGAGGUGACUGACAAGAGUGAGCGCAUCACCCAGUUGGAGCAGGAGAAAUCUGCCCUGAUCAAGCAGCUCUUUGAGGCUCGUGCCCACAACAACCAUGAGAUGAGCCAGCUGGACUCCACCUUCAUAUAGCACAUGCCUCCCCUGCCCCAUCCCCAAAUUUCCCUGGGGGUUUCAAGGGACUUUUGCCCCAAAGUCAUCACACAGCUGCUCCAGAUGUUCUGUCUCAAGGUCUGGGGCUGCUGGUGGCAUCUCUGUGGGAGGAAGCUGGGACUCCUCUUUGGGAGCAUCCCUGCCCUGCUGAUGGCUUAUCAGCCAUGCUUCUCUCAAGCUGCUCCUUUCCUGUCUCUAACUGGGCUGCAGGGGUGCUGCCCCCAGCCCUCUGACCCGCAGCAUGCAGGAGACAUGGCUGCUGUCUGUGCUCCUCUGUGGGGUGAGCUGUUGUGCCCUUGCUGACUUAGUCUGGAUUUUGGGUGCUUUUGGGGAAAAGUGAUGUAUUUUCAGCACUCCAGCCAGCAUCUCCAGACAAGUCUGGCCCUUAGAGGAUGCUGGAUCCUCCCUGUCCUGCCGUUGGAAGACAAGAUUGGAAAUCCAAGGGGGCAUGCCUGGCCCCUCUCUGCUGCCCAUGUUCUGCCUGCCAGAGACACUGUCCUGGCCCUGUAGUGCCCAAACUGGUGGUCCUCAUGGCAACCCCUCUGUCGUGUUUGCAUUAGUGAUACUAUAGUUGCUGUUUACAUGUCUGCAGUCUCCUGUAGGGAAUGAGCCAUAGACCCAGCCGAGAUAGCCUACACCUCUGAGCUGCUGUUUUGGGCUGUUGACAAGUUGAGACGGACACUUCACACAUUACUUGGCUUGACCUGGCAAAUGUCUGCCAGGAUUAGAUUAUUUUCAUGAUGACUGUAAAAGGAGUAGUGAUGUUCCAUAGCCUGAGGAUGCUCACAUCAGCCUGACCUCACAGAGGGGCUUUAGAACUUGGUUUUGUAUUGAACUGAGUGUGGGACAGAGCAGAGGCUGACAGGCUCUACACUGUGCACAUCUCCACAUGGAGAAAUGGCAGCUCUGCCUCAUCUGGUUGUGGAGGCUGCUGCCAGGGACAUCCUGACUGUGAGCUGCACUUCUCUGCAGGGUGGUGGUGGUCAGAGAUGGGUCCUAUUAGAUGGUGCAUCUCAGAACUCCUGCUUCCCACCCAGCUCAGUGAUGAUGCUUGAGCUGAAUGACAUUUGCCUGUGGCUUGGUACUUGGUAUCCGUGGUACUUCCACAGGAGAUCCCCUGUAGUGCAGCUUGGCCCUCUGUACCCCCACGGCCAAGACCUUCUCUCUGGGGUUGUUUCAUGCUGUGACUCUCCAGGCAUAAUGCUGUGGUGCUGAGCUGGGCAGAAGGUGCUGGCUCUGCCCUGAGCUGACACAUGCAGGCCAAUUCUGUUCUCACUUCUGGUCUUAUCUGUCAGGACUCUGUCUCAUCCAGCUGUUCUCUUUGAGAUUGAUCCUGAGCUAAAGCUCACUGCAAGGCAUGAGUCCCUGCUCUGCUUGUGCCUGCAGCUGGAGUGGGGAUCAGCAGAGUGCCAGGGAGAUGGUGGAGGAGGAGCAGCAAGGCCAUGGCUAGUCAUGUCCCCUGUCUGCAGGAGUUGGGUGUUAGUUGUCCCCUGGGCAUCAGUGCUUGCCAUCGUUUUUGUGAUGUCUCCUCUGGUGUCUGGUUUUGCCUGAGGUUUUAUUAGAACUGACCCUUUUUAUGAGGAUUACCUGUCUGUAGGGAUAAUAAAGUGGGGUGACCUAUUUAAUUUAUCAUUCUGUCUCUCUCCCUAAAUCAGCCCAUCUACUGCUGCCAGCCCUGAAGUCCCUGACUGUCCUGUCUCUCAGAAUGCAGGGGGAGCUGAAGCUGCAAUCUGGUGAGCAAACAAAGAGCCUGGAGGUCUCUGCACCUGGACAUCUUUCCAUGUCCUUUCCCAUCACCUCUGGGUUUCCCAGGGACUGGUUAUCCCCUGCCCCCUACUGUGGGUCAGGGUAUUAAAGCCACCUCCACCCCUUCCAUGUGCUGUAGCCUCAUCUGUCUACUCCUCCAGAAACUGUGCUUGGGGCUCACACUGCUCAGGCAGUGCUGGUGCAAUUCACAACCUCUUACUUGCUUUUAAGUGCCCUUUCUCAGAGCU